AUUGUUAUUAUGAUUGAUAUCACUGUCGAGUAUAACAAAUAUUACCCGGCAACUAGUUACUUUUUUGUUUAUUCUGGUCAAGUUAGGUCAUUCACCAGUUAUUCAGUAUUAAUUAAUUAAUAAUUACUUAAAUAGAUGUUAAGUUGUUAGUUAUAGACAAAUAAUCAAUAAUGACUGAUCAGUAUUUGACAGCACUAAUUAUUUCUAUUAUUAAAUUGUAUAAACUUCCUAGCUAGUUGUUGUUAGAUCUUUGAAAACCACCCAGUUAGAAUAAUGUGAAUUUUUGACCUAAAAUCAUUUGGAAUUCUGUGUAAUUAAUAUAUAUUUUUACACUUCAAUACCUAAGGAAAAGUCAUCUCAGAAAGUCCGCAAUGAUAAAAUAUUUUAGUCUCAUUACACUUAAGAAAGUUGCACUAUAUUUAUUGAGUAUCAUUGGUUUAGUAUUUUUUUGUGCAUAUGGCAUCUUUUACGUGGUUUUAUCACAAUGCAAUUGGCCUUCUGAUAGUAACAUGACAUCAGAGCAACCUGUUAAAGUAAUGUUAUUAGCUGACACUCAUUUACUUGGUACGAGGAAAGGACAUUGGCUUGAUAAGAUGAUACGAGAAUGGGAAAUGGGAUGUGCUUUUCAAACUGCUAUCAAAUUACAUAAACCAGAACUUAUUUUUAUUUUAGGUGAUUUAUUUGAUGAAGGAUUAUGGAGUAGUGAAAGAGAUUUCAACUCUUAUGUAGAAACAUUUAAAUAUUUGUUUUCAGUACCAUCAGCUAUACAAUUAUAUACUAUUGUUGGUAAUCAUGAUAUUGGUUUCCAUUAUAGCAUAACACCACAUCUUGAAAAAAGGUUUAAUAAAGUGUUUAAUACUACUCCAGUAGAAUUGAUCAGUAGGCGUAAUGUUCAUUUUGUAUCAGUAAAUAGUAUGGCUAUGGAAAUGGAUGGAUGUUUUUUAUGUCAUGCUGCUAAAUUAAAACUAAAUAUCAUCUCCAAGCAAUUGAAAUGUAGCCAAAAUGAAAAUAAAUGUUCAAAAACAAUGAUGCUAGAUGGGAAUUAUAGUAAACCCAUACUAUUACAACAUUUUCCUCUGUAUAGAAAAAAUGAUAUGGCGUGCAAUGAACCGGAUUCAGCCUCAUUAAAAGAAAAAGAAAAACCUUUUCGCGAGGGCUGGGAUUGUUUACGCAAAGAUGCAACAGAAAAGUUAUUGAAAGUGGUACAGCCUCGACUAGUUUUUGGCGGACAUACUCACCACGGUUGCCAUAUCCAUCAUGCAAAUGGAGUUCACGAAUACAGUAUAUCCUCAUUUAACUGGAGAAAUAAAUAUAAUCCCAGUUAUAUGCUUGCAUUAUUUUCUAUGAAUAAUUAUUCCAUUGAAACAUGUCAUAUGCCUCGAGAACAUACAAUUGUAUUUAUUUACUUAACAUCAAUUAUGAUUUUUUUAUAUUUUAAGGUAUUAAAAUUCAAACAAACUUCUUUAAUCAACAAUAAUCGCCAUCUAUUUCAUCGUAAAGAAACAAAUGAUUAGUAUACCAUAAUUUAUUUUUUAAGCUGUUAGACAAUGUUCUGUUCAUAUAGUGGUUUUUCAGCAAUUAACCGGCCAAAACCUAAUCUAGAAAGAUCUAUUGAAUUAUAUCCACUUUCGGUAAUCAUUUCCAUUAUAGCUCGGCCAACGGCUGGUGCUUGUUGUAUACCUUAGAUUAAUAAAUAUGAAUUAAUUAAAUUGUAUGAAUUACACUAAAAUAUUUCUUUUACUCACCAUGUCCACUAAAACCAGUAGCAAAAAAUAAGUUAAAAUAGCUUGGAUGAGCUCCUAUAACACCAUUUUGAUCGUACCAAUUAUAAUCAUAAUAUCCAGCCCAGCUACUUUUAACCUGUAAAAUAAUUUAAAAUAUUAAAAAUGAACAUAAAUUGUAACAGUAUAUCCAAUUUAUAAAUUUAAAUUCAUUCAAUGAAUUUAUUCCAUGAUAGUACAAAUUGUACUAUUAACAUACAUACCUUAAUAAGCUUAGUAAAAGUAUCUAUUGUAUUUUAUUUAGUAUAAAAUAAUAUUGGAUAUGUAUAAAUACACUGCAUUAAAAUAUAAUACUUUAUGUUUAAUGUUAAGUUUUUACUUAUGUUACUGAACAACUAAGAAUUAAAAAUAAUUUAUUUUGAUUAGUGUAAAUUAUAUAUUGUUUAAUUUAGAAGCCAUCCAUUUUGGAUAAAUUUAAAAAAUGAAACUUAAAUUCUUACUUAUAUUGAUGUAUAUUAGAUGUGCAAUAAUCCUGCAACUUAUACUCUAGUUUAGUAGAGAUUACAUCUAUUAAAUAAAUAUUUUAUUUUAUACUUGACCAACUAUUUUUUACAAUAUUUAUAUAUGAUGUUGAAAUAAUUUUUUUUAAAUAGUAUUUACCAUUUAAUACUCAGUAUUUAACUAUAAUAAUUAAGAUUACGUUAUUGUUAUUCAUAUUGAUUAUAUUUAUAUAUAUAUAAUUCAUAUGUUUUUGUCAUUGUUUAAACAAUAUUUUGAAACAUGUUAUAUUUUAAAGUGCCACUACUAUAACAUAUUAUAUAUUAAUAAAAUAAUUUAUAAUAAAAGAAACAUACGUAAUAUACAUCAGUGAUUCUAAAAUUGGGGGCCGUGCCUAUAUAACUGGUGGGUCGUGAAAUAUAUAAUAUAUACCUAACCUAAUCCUGGUAAGCCAUAAAAUAAUUAAUGAUUUUGAUUAAGGAGGCCUUGACAGUUUCAUAUUAAAUUUAGGGGGCCCCGUGACAAAAAAAUUUGAGAAACACUGAUAUACAUAAUAAAAAUUAUUAUUUUAAGUCGUAAAUCUGUUCUAUAAUUUAACAUAAUAAUGUUGUUUAUGUAUCAACAUUAAAAUUAAACAAAUAUGUCAUCAAGAAAA